CUUUAGAUGCGGCAAUAGCUCGUGCUCACCACGAGCCAUUAGCCGGAAGGUCCACGCUAUCGACGUGUCGGAGCCGGUAGUGGUACCACUAGCUGCGGGAUGCGCAUUCGGUGGUCGCGAUUCCCAGCAUCACGCGAUCCACGGGGUUAUUGAGGAGAUUGUCCCAAGUGUCAGAUUCGAUGCAAGGCUUGGUACUCGAUCAUCCUUCCCAGCAAGAAUGACAAGUGCACAGAUGGGGCACAAGGAAGCACUACCGGGUCAGAUGUCGGCAGACCGAGGAAGAACGAGAGGUCUCCUGAGUCCUGAGAUUGAUGGUGGCGAUGGUGGCAAGACGGGUCUCUCUCAACACUGUUUCAGACGUGGACAACCGGCGGCCAACAUGGCGCGCAAACAUGUUUCAUGCGCCACAGAGGGGAGGCCAGAAAUACUGGGUGGUCGAAGAAAAUGGCACAAAACCAAAAUAGUCACUGUCCGCGUGACAUGGACACAGCCAUAUCGCCAGGUCGCCAACUGAUGAAUGGUCUUGACUCACAUUGGUGCCCGCACGCUCUCUAUAUCUCGACGAUCGAUCGCCUUCAAACUCCAUCGAUCCGUCACCAUGUCUGUGCAACAGCCCCCCUGGUCCCCGCCACAAAAAGCACGCGAAGAACCCGUGCUGAAGACCUACAACUCCCUCACGAAAACUAAAACUGAAUUCGUUGCUCGGGAUGGCCGCCACGUGAAGUGGUACAACUGCGGGCCCACGGUGUACGAUGCGUCGCAUAUGGGGCAUGCGAGGAACUAUGUCUCGCAGGACAUCCUCCGGCGCAUUAUGACCAACUACUUCGGCUACGACGUGCAUUUCGUGCAGAACAUUACGGACAUCGACGACAAGAUCAUCAAGCGCGCCCGGCAGAACCACAUAUUCGACAAGUUCCGGGACGGGACCACCGCGCUUUCCGCCGAGCUGAUCGCUCAAGUGCACGACGCAUGGCGGAUGCACGUCCGCCAGCAACUGAAGAAAGGUCUUCCCGCAACAGACGUCCCCGCUGAGGGCAGCGAAGACGCGUGCUGGCCGCGCCUCGUCGAGCUGAGCCAGAAUAAGGAUUGGAAGCAAGAGUGCGUGCGAAGGGAUGAGAAGUUUGACAUGCAUUUCUCGUCCGCGAGUCAAACCUUUGCAGCACUUCAAGCUGCCCGCGCUCACUUAAGCGCUGGACACACGUCGGGCGAAGCUGCGCACAAACUCAUCUCAGACGCGAAGGAUAUCCUUGCUCCGGUUCUGGAUGAACAGUUCAAGUCUACUGUCACGGACCCCAGUAUCUCCCGGUCGCUGGCUGCGUACUGGGAGGGCAAGUUCUUCGAAGAUAUGGACCGACUGAACGUUCUCCGACCAGACACUGUCACCCGCGUGACCGAAUACGUGCCGGAAGUCGUUGCCUUUGUCGAACAGAUUCAAAAGAACGGAUUCGCCUACGAGUCAGAGGGCAGCAUCUACUUUGACACUGAGGCUUUUGACAAGAACCCGAAUCACGAUUACGCCAAGCUGGAGCCCUGGAGCAAAGGAAACAGGGAGCUUCUCGAGGACGGUGAAGUGAAAACACGAGGUGCUCUAUCACAGAACACCAGUCGCCGGCCGGCCGAUUUUGCGUUGUGGAAGGCCUCACGGCCCGGUGAGCCGUCCUGGCCUUCCCCCUGGGGACAGGGCCGCCCUGGGUGGCACAUCGAGUGUUCCGUGAUGGCGAGCGCUAUCCUCGGAGACAACCUCGACAUCCACUCUGGUGGUGUCGAUCUGGCUUUCCCCCAUCAUGAUAAUGAGAUUGCCCAGUCGGAGGCUUACCAUGAGAACGACUCCUGGGUCAACUACUUUUUGCACAGCGGGCAUCUACACAUUGAGGGUCUCAAGAUGAGCAAGUCGCUCAAGAACUUUAUCACAAUCGAUGAAAUUCUGCAACGGUACACCGCACGGCAGCUGCGGCUGGGAUUCCUGACGCAGCUCUGGUCUGCCAAGGUGGAUUUCAGCGAUUCUCUGAUGGCUGGGGAAGUGCGCAGCGUGGAGACGACCAUAAAUAACUUUUUCACGAAUGUUAGUGCCCUUGUGAGCCAAGCCAAGGCAGACGGGAUGAAGUUAGACGCAUAUCACCAUUACGAGGAACCAGAGCGGGAGCUGCGCGUGGCGCUCGAUGACAGUCAACACGCCUUCCGUGUUGCUUUGUGCGACUCGUUCAACACCCCGGCAGCCGUGGGUGUGCUGCGGGAUCUGAUAGCGCGAACGAAUGUGUACAUCACUGCGCGCGGCAAACUGGCCAAUGUCGAGCUGCUGGAGAACGUCGCCCGAUGGAUUGGGCAGAUGCUGAGGAUGUUCGGACUCGGUGCUGGGCAGACGGAAGAGCUCGGCUGGGGAGUUGACGAUGCGGCCUCCGCGGGAGUCAAUCGGGAAGAGGUGCUCAUGCCAUACAUCAGAGCUCUAUCUGUGUUCCGCGACGGAGUGCGUGGCUUGGCCAGGGCCAAGGGCGACGCUGCUCUCAAGGAUAUUCUUGCAUUGUGCGAUCGACUGCGGGACGCAGAUCUCAUCCCACUCGGUGUCGCCCUUGAUGAUCAACCGGAUGGCAAGGCCCUGGUCAAAUUGGUUCCCCCGGCCGAGCUCAUCCGCGCACGCGACGAGAAACGAGCGCAGGAGGAAGCCAAGGCCCAAAGACAGGCGGCGGCGGCUGAGGCUGAGCGGGCAAAGAAAGCUGCUCAGAUGGAGAAGGGUCGCGUGCCUCCCCAGGAGAUGUACAAGCCACCGAACGUUCCAGAAGGCACUUAUGGGUCGUGGGACGACAAUGGCUUACCCCUCACCGAUGCCGAGGGCAAGGAGCUGAGCAAGAGCCAAGGCAAGAAGCUGGAUAAAGACCAAAAGACGCAGGCGAAGCUGCACGAGAAGUAUCUGGCCUGGAAGCAGGAGACCGGUGGCGCUUAGAACGACGUAUGAUACUUUCACUGACUUACAUCUAAGUUAUUCUAUUUUGCAUCACCAGUCGCAAGCGUCCACGACGAACUGAGCGAUCUUCUCGAGUCCCUCCUACGUAGCACAGAUUGUUCAGCACGUGCCAAACGGUGCUCUGACGUGAGACUUUAUGCGCACCUUGUCUUCAUCCCCAAAGCCACCUUCGGCAAGACAGUCCAGAUCGAGCACCCCCAGGACGCGGGUCGAGUCCCCCUCGCGCAGAACAAGCGGGCACACGAUCUCGCUGCGCGUCUCUCCAUCACACGCGAUGUGUCCCGGGUACGCCUCCACGUCCCGCACGACCACCGUGCGUCCUUGCAGGUACGCGUCGGCGCAGACACCGCGCGCUUUGCCGGGCACGGUGGCGAUGUACUGGCACGCUGGUUUGCCGUUGAACGGGCCUAGCAGGAGUCGCUCGCAAGCAUCGCUUGCUCCUGCUGCUGCGUGGCCAGGCCCCCGCGCAUUCGGGAACAACCGCGAAUCGAGGUAGAACCCUGUUUUCGAGGUCGGAUGAGGACGGAACAGGCUACGCAGCCGGUGCAGACGCACCACACCAGUUGACUUGGCGCGCGUCCGCGCCGAAGUGGGCGGGGAAGGCGAGGAGUGAGUUGUAUAUCAGGGACGACGCGUUGGACAUGUUUGUGACCUGCGGAAGGGGGUGAGGAAGGUGUAUCCGGACGAGGGUGCAGGUGUGCAUAGGAGUGGAACGCACCCAGUUCCGCUGUUCCGGGUCCAGCAAAAACUGCAGCUGCUCAAGAACAUGCGCCCAAAACUCGGCCUUCGUCGUAACCCUUCCGGAGGGAAUGUCAUGUCUAGACUGGCGCCAGAGGUGGGCGGACUCUCACGUUUCGGGGACCAGGGCGGAGUCGGCGUGCGGCAUAGUGUUGGUGUUGGUGGGUGGACAAGCCGAGCAGGAGGUAAGAUUUUGUAAAAUGAUGAUGACGAAGAAGAUUAGAUUAUCGAUAACCUGGGACUGUUAUGUCGUGCUCGAUCAUCGAUACCCAAUCUCUCUUGUUUUGGUCUGCGCGGGAGAAACUCGGUACGGCCUCGGUCGUAUUAGGCUCAGGGAUCUGGAAGGAGAAAUCGAAGUGGCGGGUAAGACCAAGCUCGGCGAGAAUCGAAAUGGUACAUCUACGUCGAGUAAUUCUGUGGGAUUCGCCGCAGCUCAAUAACCGUUGUCGCAUGUUUUUCUUCAUCAACUCUGAAGUGAGUACAGUGAGUACAGCUCAAUGAAGGAACAAAAGGCUGAAAACCAUGGCGCAAAGUCUAAAAUGCAUUGUGCUCGGACGAGUUUUGCAACGCUGGCGAAAAAAUGUGGAUCGGAGUAUCGGUGACGGAAACUACGCGCGACUUUCGAGAUCACUGAACCUGACUGUAUAAAUCUGAGUCAAUUGGAGACUGCUUGGUCUCCAACUCGACUUCCGUCCCAGGGACAUGAAUUUGCGUUGCUCUGGGCUAUGCAUUAGACAAUGGCGAAUGUGCAGCAGCUUCUACAGACACCCUCAUUGCGAUUGUAAGGACAAACAAUCGUUGGACAGCAAAUUCAGGAGAAGAAAUAAUAUCCGAGAGAAUGGCAGUGAUACUAGACACACAUAAGUACGCCUUGUACAGCGAGGAUCAGAUUCCGCCUGUCGGAUCCCUAAGCGUGCGCAUGUCCAUUAUGCGCCAGAUCGUAGUUCUGAUCGUGUUAUCCGGGAGUCGGCGGCUGUUGACGCGAGCAAGAGCGGGAAUGAAUUGAGAUUUCAAGCCCCGAGGCGAGGGGUCAACGCUACUUGGUUUCACUCGUUUUGUUUCAGGCCCUGGUUUGAGACUUGGAACGCACGUCUGUCUCCACGUGAACCGGCUGUUCCCAGUCACGUGAGAUACAGUUUGUACUCAAAACGUUCCGUCCUGAUCGUGACAUACUGUGACAGCACAAGGAGUGGGUUAGACAGAUCCUAUUUAUGGGAGCCGGAUACUGUGUGUAACUCGUAUAACUCGAGCACAUGCGGAUCGUCCACAGACUGUGCAUUUAGGAUCGGAGCUGUCAUACAGUACAUACAUACAGACCGCGAAAGCCACGCAGGCGAAAGUCGUCAGGAUCGGACAUUUGGUCCGUUUCCGCUCCCCUGAGAACGCCAUAUCGGGCUAGCAUUUGUGCGCAUCAAAAUAAGAUUACACGGCUGCCAGACAGGGUCACCGUCCCUCGAGGCGCGGGUUCGUAUCACGAACACUCUUCACCUGGAAACACCCACCCAUGGCGCCUUACCUCGAAACCGUAAAGUCGUUCGCUGACGUCCCUAUUACGGACGAUGGCGUCGAUACCGUCCAGUUCCUCGCGGCUUCGGAUGGACUGGUAGGCUUGUUCGAUCUGCUUGGAUCAGCCGCGUUCGCCGUCGUCCAGACCGACCUAAAGGGAAACAUCGCUAAAGUCCGCGCCCGGUAUGACGCCGCGCCGGAGCUGUCGGGCACGCUGGAGAAACUCGUCGAGAACGAGAAAGGGGAGAAGAAGCGCACGGCGACGGAGGGCCUCAUGUGGCUGCUCCGCGGGCUGUCGUUCACCUGCAAGGCGCUGCAGAACGCGCAGGCGAACCGCACGGAGGAGCUCUCCGCCGCGUUCACCAAGUCGUACGAGGGCACGCUCAAGAAGUUCCACAACUUUGUCGUCAAGGGCGUCUUUGCGGUCGCGAUGAAGGCCUGCCCGUACCGUGCCGACUUCUACAAGAAGCUCUCGGCGGAUCCGGCCGGGGGCCCGGACGCCACGCCCGAGAAGCUGAACGAGGAGCUGGACAAGUGGCUCGCUGCGCUGUCCGAGAUCGUUUCGCGCAUGGAGACCUUCUACGAGAAGGGCGGGUACGCCAAGGGACUCUGAUCCAGGCGUAGCCUCUGAAAAGCCUUAUGGCCGGCCGGAUCCCCCACUAACUCUGGAAACCAUGUACCAAUAAGAUACGACCCAAUCAAUGCAUGCUUGAUAUGA